AAUAAGCGGUGAAAAUUGAAGCCGGUGUUUUUCGCUUCGACUUGCUUGAUCGGUUUUAUUUUCAACGAUUCUCGCUGAAAAUAUUUUUAACAGUGAUGGCCAUAAGAAGAAAAAGAAUAAGCUUAUUUCACAUGAUGGAUAUUUUUUACGCCCUACAAAGAUUUUUACUUGCAGCAGAUUAGCGGACUAAUGAAACAAUGAGACCCGAGAAUCUAUGAUCACGAGGCGCGUGGCGUCUGCAGCGCUAUGCACAGCCGUGAAUUUGGUUUCCGAGACCGACGUGACCUUCCGCGUCCUCAAACGUCAGUCAGCAGCAAGCCGCAGAUCCGCUCACAGCUUUGCGAAUCGAUUUCAACUUUUUCUCCUGCAACUGCCCAAUUGAUAAAGAUGGCUGGCAAGCCGAACUUUACCGCCCAGAACGCCCAGAGUCAUCUCGACCACAUGUGCGCUCUCGACAUCGACUCUCACACCCUCUUCACCCGGCUCUCCGGCAUCAUCUGCACGAUCGGACCGGUCUCCCGUUCCGUCGAGAUGCUGGAGCAGAUGAUCGAGACCGGCAUGAACGUCGCCCGCAUGAACUUCAGCCACGGCUCGCACGAGUACCACGCGGAGACGAUCGCCAACGUCCGCCAGGCCCAGAAGAAUCUCACCGAAAAGAAUGGCUUCUGUGUACCAGUUGCUAUUGCACUUGACACCAAGGGACCCGAGAUCCGUACUGGCCUCCUCGAAGGGGGUGGCUCUGCUGAAGUCGAACUGAAGAAGGGCCAGACCUUCAAGUUAACGACGGACAAAGCCUACGCGGAGAAAGGCAAUGCUGACACCGUCUAUGUCGACUACGCCAACAUAUCUAAAGUUUUGCAAAAGGGAAACAGAGUGUAUGUCGACGAUGGCUUGAUGUCGUUGAUCGUCACUGGAGUCAGCGACAAUACCAUUACAACGACUGUCGAGAAUGGUGGAACUCUUGGCUCGCGCAAGGGUGUCAAUCUUCCGGGAGUCCCAGUCGACUUGCCAGCUGUCUCCGAGAAGGACAAGUCUGACUUGCAGUUCGGCGUUGAGCAAGAGGUCGACAUGAUUUUUGCGUCCUUCAUUCGUAACGCUGCUGCUCUUACUGAGAUUCGCUCUAUCCUUGGCGACAAGGGUAAGAACAUUAAAAUCAUCUCGAAGAUCGAGAACCAGCAGGGUAUGACCAACCUUGACGAGAUCAUUGAGGCUUCUGACGGUAUCAUGGUUGCUCGUGGUGAUCUGGGUAUCGAGAUCCCACCUGAGAAGGUGUUCCUUGCCCAGAAGUGCAUGAUUAGCCGAUGCAACAAGGUUGGCAAGCCUGUUAUCUGCGCUACUCAGAUGCUUGAGUCUAUGGUGAAGAAACCUCGCGCCACCAGAGCCGAGUCCUCCGAUGUGGCUAAUGCUAUUCUUGAUGGAGCCGAUUGCGUUAUGCUUUCCGGUGAAACCGCCAAGGGAGAGUACCCGUUGGAAUGCGUGCGCACGAUGGCUAAUAUCUGCAAGGAAGCGGAGGCUGUGAUUUGGCAAAAUCAGCUCUUCGCUGAUCUGUCCAACAAGGCUGUGCCUCCGAUUGAUGCGACGCACGCAGUGGCUAUCGCAUCUGUCGAAGCGGCUGCCAAGUGUCUCGCUAGUGCCAUCAUAGUUAUCACCACUUCUGGUCGGUCUGCGCACUUGAUCUCCAAGUACAGGCCACGCUGCCCUAUUAUUGCGGUCACGAGGUUCCACCAGGUUGCUCGGCAAGCGCAUCUUUACAGAGGCAUUCUUCCUCUCCACUACACAGAGGCUCCAUUAUCUGACUGGCUUAAGGAUGUUGAUAUCCGUGUACAAUAUGGUUUAAACUUUGGCAAAGGUCGUGGUUUCGUACGAACUGGAGAUUCCGUCGUGAUUGUUACUGGCUGGAAGCAGGGCUCUGGCUUUACGAAUACUUUACGCAUUGUGAAUGUUGAGUGAAUUCACAUCAGAAUUUCUGGUGUAGGAAUAUAAACAAAUCCUGUGGAUAGAUGUAUUAAAUGAAAAAUAAGAUCACCAGUUCCAAGAUGUUUCAUUGUGUGCGUAAUUGUAUGUCAUCAUUCAUACAUAAAUAAUUUAAUGUGUGAUUAUGAUAACUAAGUUUUGUUGCGUUCGCUAGUCCAUUAACAAUGCUGUGCUUCGCCUAUGUCUUAGACUUGCAGUAUUAUUGUUUAGUUGAUUGAUUGAUAUACAAAUACAGCACAUAACGAAACUACAGUACCCUGGUAGAAAUGUUAACGGUUAAUAAGCUAAGUUUUAAGACACUUAGCUAAGUUGUGGUUAACGAUUUAACUAAAUAAGCGUUUAACCGUUAUAAAUGCAUAGAUAUGACGCAUUAACUCAUGAUAAAACGAAACUUUUGCUUGAAAUUUGUCAAAUGACUGUUACAAUCCAAAAAUUGUAGAAAAAUACGUUACAAUCGUAAAAAAUCCAAAUAUUCGUAAUAAGACAUAUAUACGUUUUAAUGCCAAAAAAGGGAAAAACAAUUUUUAUCGUAAUAAUAAUACUGAUGUGGUAUUAUAGAUACGCAUCACUAAAAUAUUAGCAAUAUUUUAAUUAAUUGUUUACAUUAAAAUUUGAUAAAACUGGCCAAUUAAACUUUUUAACGAAUUUCAACCUUUAAUUUUCUACCAGGGUAAAAUCGAUAAUUAUAUUAUCUGAAACGAUGGUAAUGUUUAAUGAUAGAAUUAGAAGUAAAAUAAAAUUUAAUUUUUAUUCUUAUAACAGAAUCUCGGUCUAUUAAAAACGCGAUAUAAUUUAUCAUUGUACUAUUCGAAUUUGUUCAAAACAUUUCGAUUAUUAUUCAUUUUUAAUUUCAUAAUAAACAGAUUUUGUUGAAUUCUGAUAACGCUAACAAUGUGUCAUUCAAUAAAUGUGUGAUUUAAUAGGUAAUACUUAAAA